AUGGCGCUGUCCAGGGUGUGCUGGGCUCGGGCCGCGCUGUGGGGCUCGGCGGUCGCCCGCGGACCCCCCGCCCCUCGGCGGCUGCAGCUGAUUCGCCCCGGCCUGGCCUGGGGGGCCCCUGGGUCUGCAAAGAUCCACCUUUCUCCAAAGGCAGAUAUGAAGAGCUUGAUCUCUUACGUGGUGACCAAGACUAAAGCGAUUAAUGGGAAAUACCAUGAGUUUUUAAGCCGUCGUUUCCCCCGCGUUUAUCUUCUGUACACAAUCUUCACGAAAGGAUUGCAGAUGUUAUGGGCUGAUGCCAAAAAGGCUAGAAGAAUAAGGACAAGUAUGUGGAAGCACAAUAUAAAGUUUCAUCAACUUUCAUACCGGGAGAUGGAGCAUUUGAGACAGUUUCGUCGAGACAUCACCAAGUUCCUUUUCCUAGGUAUUAUUUCCGUUCCACCCUUUGCCAACUACCUGGUCUUCGUGUUAAUGUACCUGUUCCCUAGGCAACUACUGGUCCAACAUUUCUGGACCCCAGAGCAAAAAAUUGAUUUCUUAGAUGUCUACCAUGGUCUUCGGAAGGAAUCUCACCCAGAAGUCCUUCGUUAUUUAGAAACGAUCGUCCCUCUCAUCUCUGAUGCAGGACUCCAGAAGCACAUGACAGAGCUGUGCACCAAGAUGAAGCGUGGCACCCACCCCACAAUCCAUGAGAUCCUGGCUCUGAGAAAGUGUUUCUCGAACCCUCCUCUGGGCAUGGACCAACUCCAGGCUUUCCAGAUGAGAGCCUUAAGUCGUGCCAUGCUUCUCACGCCUUACCUGCCUCCUGUCCUGUUGAGAUAUCGUUUGAGGACUCACACCACGGUGAUUCACCAGCUGGACAAGGCUCUGGCGAAGCUGGGAAUCAGCCAGCUGACAGCUCAGGAAGUUAAAUCGGCUUGUUAUCUUCGUGGCCUGAAUUCUAACCAUAUUGCUGAAGAGAGGUGUCGAACUUGGCUGGGAGAGUGGCUGCAUAUCUCCUGCAACCUGAAAGAAGCCGAGCUGUCCCUCCUGCUGCACAACCUGGUCCUGCUGUCCACCAACUACGCGGGGUCGAGGCUCUGAGCAACCGUAGCGUGGAGGCGCUGUCCAGUCACCGAGAGCAGCAGCGCAGGCCAGACGGCACCGACCACUGAGACUCUGUGUCUGCCCGGUGUGCGGGAGGCAGAAUGGGCGUCCCCAGCCGGCGGCCUUCUGUGCAGGCAGGAACUGAAGCCCCUCCUGCCCGGGCUGGGAGUUCCAGCCGCUCCCCUCAAUAGCAGUCGCUGGCAGCGGCCUCUGAAGUGGGCUUUGACUGCGAUGUCUGGGGUCGGGUCUCCGGAAGGGAAGCUCUGCCCUGCCAGGGGGUCCUCGUGUGUUUAGGACUCGCCACUGCCCACUCUUUACAGCUGUUUGUUACAGGUGGCCGAGGCCUCUAAGGGAACAGCACCACCUAAAGGGAGCUUUUCCAUCGACGCAUGGACUCAAGGGCUCCCCACAUCCUUUCUGAUAUGACCAAAAAUACGAGUAUUUGUCUCCACUGUACUAAACCACUCCCUUUCUUUUUCCAGUCCUGUAAACAUUUUAGUAAAUUUUUUGUGCGUGAACUUAACAUUCUAAUGUACUAUAUAAAGGGAAAUUCAAGGACUUCUUGAUUCCUUCCCAUUAUUUAUAGCCUUAACUGCCUCCCCCUCCCAUUUUCGUUUUGGGGGUGUGGUGCAACCCUUGUGGGUCGUGCACUGUUAACUCACUCUGUAACGCGGCAGUCCACUGGACCUGACGGUGGGCACCACCACUGAGCUGUGGAUCAAACCUUUAAGUUACUAAAUUACUGCCCAGCCUGGGAGACCAGGACGGGUCUGCUUCCAGAUACUAAGUUGGAUUUGUGUAUGUGGACAUCCGUGACUUAGAGUAACUUAUUUUAAACGCAUGAAGCACUGUUUUUAAACCCAAGUAAAAACCACUCAAACCACUUGCUGGAAAUUACUUGUGCUCACUCUAAUCAUUUUGCUAAUAAGGAUCCUGUUACAAGACUGAGAUAUGUGGUUGGACUGGAACCUUCUGAUGGGUACAAGUUAGGAAGGAACAGAAUUCAAAUUCAUCUCUGCUGAAAUUUAUGAUGUUAACUAACAGAUUUUCCUAUGUAUUUCAAAAAUGACGCUUAAGGGUUAGGAGUAUAGAGGGAACAGUGUAUGCACAAGUCAAGCUCUUGAUCCAAAGGUAACGUCGUCUUUUCCUGCUUCUGCUGUUAACAUUCAUUUUUACUGACCUCGUUUUUUUCACGGUGCUGGAGAAGCAUCUUUACCGACAGCCGAAUCGU